AUGGGUGUGGUUGUUUACUAGUUAAAGAGACAAGUAUAUCUUGUACUGGGCACUCUUGAAGUUAGAAAAUGGCUGGUCGUUUUGUAGAGGCUGCGUUUCGUUCCUUAGCUGUGGCGGCUGGAAUAGGGAGUGGUGUAGCUGGAGGGUUCACUGUGAAUCAACUCUUCACCAUAUCCAGGACAACUAUCCCCUUCAACAACACAGAUCAGCCCAUAGAAUUGUUGAUAAAUGAAAUUAAUCCCAAUUUGAUGCUCUACACUCGAGUAUCGGCUGGACUUGCACUUGGACUUGGAGCACUAAGCUUUUUCUUAGCCAUCUCUAUUUUCAUCAGAGUGUGUAAAUGUGAAGCUGGGACUGCCAUUAAGUGUAUCUUUACUAUAGACUUCAUAAUAGUGAUAAUGUGCAUACUUGGAUUUGCUGCUGGAGGUGUCCUCGGUGCCAUUGGAGCAAAUUCAUGGUCAAGAGACAUUGUUGAUAAGAUUGACAUCAUCUCCCCCGUAAUUGAUAUUUAUGAUGUUCUUGAGCCAACCAGAACUCUCCUGGCAGCUACUGCAGCGACAUCUCUUUUUGCCAGUCUCGCAUUCGUGGCACUCAAGUACUGGCUAAUCAUCUUCUCAGCAAGAAAUUGUGACCUGGUUUACAAUGGCUGGAUCUGAACUAACUUAACCUAUUACGUAUAGCUAUUUAUACACAUCACACAUGACAAUGCUGCGUAUAUUUAUUGCUUAUAGUAAUUCGUGUGUUAUUUGAACAUUAAUUAUUCUUAAUACAUUCAUGGUUCUGCAUGAAAUUAAUUCACGAUUGGGUGUGGUGGUGUCAUGCAUUCUCAGCUACAGUGUUGUUAUUCUCUCUAUCAAGAGGUCACCUAGUAGGAUAGAGCUUACCAAAAUAAUGGCUGGCAAAUGUGUUGAAAUUGUGUUUCUAGCAAUUGCAGUUGCUGCUGGAAUAGGUGCAGGAAUUGCUGGGGGUUUCACUGCCCAUCAGUUGAUUGCUAUCUCUGAGAUGGAAAUUCCAGUGAUAUCACAACCCUUGCAGACGUUUAUUCAACUCCGGGACCCCAACCUGCUUACAUACACUCAAGCAUCAGCAGCACUGGCCAUCAGCAUGGCUAUUGUAGGUAUCAUAUUGGCUGGCACUGUGCUCCUUAGGAUCUGCAAGUGCAAUUCGGGUGGGACUGGAACUGCAAUCUUGUGUGUGGAUCUGGUACUGAUAUUGCUGUGUGUGGUUGGGCUAGGAGCUGGGGGUGUGCUCGGAGCCAUAGCUGCCUCUACGUGGAGCACUAACUAUGUUGCAACUGCAGACUCAAUUUUGGUCUUUUUCUUGCCAGUUUUCAGAGAGACGAGAGAUGUUUUAGCAGCUACAGCAGCCACUUCUUUGUUUGCCAGUCUUACGCACAUUAUACUGAUGCUGGUAACACUCAUCAGCUGUGCAAGAAGUCACAACAAAGAAACAAAGAUCUGACAACAACAAAAACAGCAUUUAGAACUUUAUAACUAUACAUAUGCAUGUACAUGUACAUGUACGUAAUACUAUAUAUAUUUAAACAGUAUAUAAAACGUAUGUUUGAGAGUCUACAGUCUGAAUAAUGUCAAUACAAUGUGAAUGGAUUGAAUUUAUUUCCUA